CCGGAGGCGGGGCUGGCGGAUGCUCUAUAAAAACCUCCAGCAGGGGCUCUGGCGGCUUUGCAAUUAGGACGAGCCAAGCGCGCAAAAGCCAAAGGGGCUCCCGCUUCCCUUGCAAAAGCCUCGCCAACAAGCCGUGCGCUGCCGGCGCCCCGCUUCCCGCUGCCUCCUUUCUCGUCGCUCCCCAGGUCCGUGUUCUAGCAAGCCGCUGCAUCCGGCAGCAGCCCCGAUCGCUCGGAAAGCUGGCUCCCUGCGCCAUGGUCACCCACAGCAAGUUCCCCAGCGCCGGGAUGAGCCACCCGCUGGACACCAGCCUGCGCCUCAAGACUUUCAGCUCCAAGAGCGAAUACCAGCUGGUGGUGAACGCUGUGCGCAAGCUGCAGGAGAGCGGCUUCUACUGGAGCGCGGUGACAGGUGGGCAGGCCAACCUGCUGCUAAGUGCCGAGCCCACGGGAACCUUCCUCAUCCGAGACAGCUCGGACCAGCGGCACUUCUUCACCCUCAGCGUCAAGACCGAGUCGGGCACCAAAAACCUGCGGAUCCAGUGCGAGGGGGGCACCUUCUCUCUCCAGAGUGACCCUCACAGCAGCCAGCCCGUGCCUCGCUUUGACUGCGUCCUGAAGCUGGUCCAUCACUACAUGCCCCUCCCCGAGCAGCAGCCAGGGCAGGCGCCGCACCCCAAACGUGCCUACUACAUCUACUCAGGUGGGGAGAAGAUCCCGCUGGUGCUGAGCCGCCCUCUCUCGUCCAAUGUGUCCACCCUGCAGCAUUUGUGUCGCAAGACGGUCAACGGGCACUUGGAUUCCUACGAGAAGAUGACCCAGCUCCCAGGUCCCAUCAAAGAAUUCCUGGACCAAUAUGACGCUCCCUUCUAAGUGGCUCCUUCAGUGGGGGUGGCCCACCACAAAAGCACAAGGACAGGACUUGGAAAAUGAUGGCUAACGAGAUUACAGGGCGAGACAAGAGACUUUUUUUUCCAUUCUGGCUUGUGGAAUAAGAGGGGCUGGGGGCGUGGAGCAGGCAAGGAGCCUCUGCUCAGCACAGAGACGGUCUUGCUGUUGUUUGUUCUGGAUGGUUUGCCCAUGGAUGGGGUACUCUGUGGAAGAGACCGAUGAUGGUGCUUGACUAUGGAACAGGCUGCUGCUCCUUCACACAAUUGUCCUUCCCAGCUACAGCCCAGGAAAUACUGUGUUUAUCUGGCUUGUGCUGGGCAUAUCAGAAUGGUUUGCAACCCUCCCUAACCCAUGGACAGUUUACAAAGAGCAUUUGCUCUGCACUGGCCCAGACCACCUC